AUGAUGGUGCGUGACACAGAUAACGGCGCAAUCUCCGAGGCAUUCUCAGUGACAAAGUGAGUGAAACGACACUGCGUAGCCGCCCCCACCCUCUUCAGCCUCAUGUUUUACGCCAUGCUGACGGACGCCUACUAUGAUGAGCGCCCUGAGAUCCGUAUCGUCUACAGGUACGGUGGCCCUCUUUGUGGUAGCCGACGCAUGCAAGCCCCACCACGUCUCCGCGAUUUUAUCCACGAUCUGCUCUUCGCGGAUGACUGGGCGCUCAACGCCACGAUCGAAGGAGACAUGCAACGGAGCAUGGACCUCCUCGCCGCCGGGUACGCCAUCUUCGGUAGCCAUGCACCAACCGUCGUCCAACACGGACUACAUCAUUCCUCGCAUCGGUGUCAACAGCACUCAAUUUAAAACCGUCGAGGUAUGAUAGGUUUGGUAGCCCCACCUGAUGGACACAAUAUUGUUGGCGUUCGGGUUAAGGGUUAGGAUUUAGGAUUAGGGGUUAUAGUUAGGGGCUAGGGUAAGGGGUUAGAGCAACGACUUCUCAACCAUUGAAAGUACAACCACGCACUCCCAAUAGCUUUUCUUUUGCAUACAACUACUUGACCCCGUCGCCUGUGCGUUCUCCGGCUCCACCUGUAAAAACCCCUAUUGCCAUCGGUCCCGUAUUAGAGGUGACUGAGGUUUGUUUACUUCCGGUGGCCGUGCUACAUAACCACAUCCGACCACCGUCGACAACAUCAAUUACCUAGGAGCACGUGUACAGUGCGUGACCUAUCUCAUGAAAUGUUGGCUGAAAUUCUGAAAUGCGUUUUCGAUUAGGAAGGGUUACUUGGUCGCGGUUGUGAUACUGAUUAUCAUAAGGCAUACUCUUAUAACAUUUUGGACUCGGCAGGAUGUCGGCUUUUAAAUGCACUUCUAUUUAAUCUCCUGUAGAAAACGUGCUCGGUAAAAUAUGACUACUUAAGUAGCAUGCAUUUUUCCCAUUGAUUUUCGAUGGUCUUGGAAAUUCAAAUAUAUUUUAUAGAAACCGCAAACAAAAAUAUGCUUUCUUUUAGUUAAUCAAUAGAGAAUCACGUCUACUUUAUAUUUUAUACUUAAGGAAGGAGUAUAAUUAGGGUUUAAAACGUUUUCUAAUUGCCGAAUAAUUUGGAGCCUGAUCAUUCGUUGCAUUAGCGCUUAGUCAUUACACUCUACAAGGUGCAUGCGUUCGCGUAAAGAAAAUCCUAUAUUUUUCUAUGUCAUUAAAGAGGUAUCAUACAGAGUCCAUAAAAUUUUGCAAUGAAUGCGGACCAUGUUGUACAUUUCAUGAGGAGCAGUGGUAAACGGCCAGGUACGAUGCUAUGUCAAUGGACAUAUCGCGGUCUUAAAAAGUCUCAUAAUUAGAAACUUUUUUAAAACGUAAUUAUACUCCUACCUUAAGCAUGAAAUAUAAAGAAGACGUGAUUCUAUAUUGAUUGACUAAAAGAAAGCAUAUUUUUGUUUGUGGUUUCUAUAAGAUAUAUUCGAAUUUUCAAAACCAUCAAAAAUCAAUGGGAAAAAUGCAUGCUACUUAAGUAGUCAUUUUUUACCGAGCACGUUUUCUACAGGAGAUUGAAAAGAAGUGCAUUUAAAAGCCGACAUCUUGCCGAGUCUAAAAUAUUAUAACAGUAUGCCUUAUGAUAAUCAGUAUCACAAUCACGACCAAGUAAUCCUUCCUAAUCGAAAACGCAUUUCAGAAUUUCAGCCAACAUUUCAUGAGAUAGGUCACGCACUGUAGUAGCCCUACUCCGAGCUCCUGUCGCAAUGCUGGACCUCUCGCGGGUGUCUGCACGCGCGCACCAGGGCUGUUUAGCGUCUGCCCACUCGGCUCUUCAGCUGGCCAAUCAGAUUCACGGGCGAGUCAGACGUGUCCUGUCUUACGACACUGUGACGCAUUCCCUUACUGACACUUGGCAGGCUGUUCUCCCGGUGCCGAAGACUGCCAACUCCUUCCAAUCUUUUCUCCAGUUGUCCUGUGCAGAAUAUACAACCUCCCAUUAGGAGUCCAUCUUCUCUUUCCAUUUGGAACGGGGUCCUGAUGGUUGUAAUAUGCAGGGUCUCGCUCACGGCUGUUACCCGCCGACCGGGGUGACAAAAACGACGUCACAAGGACAGUGAGGAACUCUCUGAAGCGUCCAUAUCAACCCGGAGAUCUGGAAGGACUUCGCGCAGAACAGACCGUCGUGAUGAAAAGCAGUGCAGACUGGCGCAACAAACUACGAAACAAUCCGAUCACUGCCGCCAAAGCCAAGGGAGAAGAUCGAAAGUCUCAGGCACUCCUGACCCGCAGCAUCGUCACUCAACCCCAUUCAAUGUGCCUACGCUGUCAACGAACAUUCCACGCGCAGAUCGGCCUCAUCGGUCAUCCUCGAGCCCAACCGCAACUACCGCCCCUGCUCCAACCUUCACGUCGACCACGACUGCAUCCAAGUGCGUCUUCGGGGUGUCCGCCCUCGAAUUUCUCAGACAUCCGGUUGACUCCAACGGCAUCCAUCCUCGUCCAUCAAUGCUUGCGGCUAUAUGUGAUUUCCCACCUCCCUCUUCCAAACGUCCGCUGCAGCAAUUUCUGGACAUGGUGAAUUUCUAUCAGCAGUUCCGUCCAAACUGUGCCAACAGCAUCCUGCCGUUCACGAGCCUCCUCUCGGGUCCCAAACGUUCGUUCAGACUAUCCGCAGACGCACUCGCAGCUUUUGACGAGGUGAAGGCUGCCCUGGCCGACGCCACCCUCCUGACGCAUUUUUCUCCCAAUGUUCCCGUCUCUCUCAUGGUCGACGCCUCCAAUGUUUCAGUCGGCGCGAUUUCCCAGCAGCACCUUGCAGGCCACACUCAACCCUUAGCUUUCUUCUCCGGGAAGUUGCCAGCUGAUGAGACGUGGUACAGCCCAUUUGGAAGAGAACUCCUUGCUGCCUUCCUCGCCGUGAAACACUUCCGGCGCUCCCUUGAGGUUAAGGACUUUACCGUCUUCCGAAUCUCAAGCCCCCGUCCUUCGCUUUCAAACCCCCUCUGACAGACUCAAUCUCCAAAAAAGUCGCCAACUGGACUACAUCUCUCAGUUCACCUCAAACAUCCGCCACAUCGAUGGGUCACGCAAUGAGGUGACUGACGCACUGUCUAGGCCCUCAAUCGCACACUUCCAACUUUCUCCCCGAAUUGACCUAGUUGAAAUGGCUGCCGAACAGCGUCAUAUUAGUUCUCCCUGUGAUAAGCACGUUCCCGGACUCAAAUUCCAGGACCUGCCACUGACUACUGACAACGGCACCAUUCGACGCGACGUCCCCACCGCCUCCCACCGUCCCUUUGUGCCGGCAUCCCUCCGCCGCAAAGUCCUCUCCUCCCUGCACAAUCUUUCUCAUCCUGGGAGUCGAGCUACCGACAAGCUGGUUUCCGAUCGCUUUGUCUGGCCUGGGAUGCGCAAGGACCUGAAAGCAUGGACACGGGCGUGUCUCGGCUGUCAUCGGAGUAAGAUCUAACGGCACAACAAAGCUCCCAUCGUCACCCUCCCCACUCCGGGUGCUCGUUUCAGUCACGUCCACCUGGAUAUUGUAGACACCCUGCCUCUGUCAAAUGGUUGGUCACAUCUCCUCGCCUGUGUGGAUCGAUUCACCUGGUGCCGGAGGAUAUUUCGCUGCCCGAUGUCGCUGCUGCAACAGUCGUCAAGGCUUUCCUAAGUCGUUGGGUUGCCAUUUUCGUUGCUUCCCCCUCCCCCACUAUCACGACUGACUGCGCUGCCCAGUUUGAAUCUCACCUAUUCCAGUCUCUUCCUUCUUUUGUAGGUUCUGCUCGUAUCCACAUUAAAGCCUGUCAUCCGGCAGCCAACGGGAUGGUCGAGCGGUUUAACCGCCAUUUGAAGACCUCCCUACGUGCUGCAGACGACUCAGAUAACCGGACGGACCACCUUCCCUGGUUCUGUUGGGCAUUCUCCCCUCUCUUAAGUCGGACAUCAACUCCUCCUCCGCUGGACUGGUGUUCGGCGUUGCCGUCCAGCUUCCUGGUGAGAUGA